CAAAAUGAUACAGAUGAGGAUGUUCCACUUCUCGAAGGGUGUUCAACAUUGAAUAUAAUUCGAGGUCAGAAGUCCACCUGUAAACUUACUAUCACAAAUGGAGAUAGCUUCCACAUUGUUUCUAAAAAUAUAAAUGCUGAAAUUAAUCAAGAAGAAUCAACCGUUUCCUUUCUUCCUGAAUCAAAUGAACCUAUUUCUAUCAGGAUUGAAGCUAUGAAUAAAAACGGUAGAAGAUCGCCACAAUUUGCUUUAGACAUUAUAAUGUGCACAGGAUGCAGCAAUCAUGGGGUUUGCACGUCGUCCCUUAGAACCGAUUUAAGAGAAAAUGAAUAUUUUCGUUACCAUUCUUGCAAAUGUGACCUAGGAUAUGAUGGCAUUGAUUGUGAAAAUUCAUUUGACGGUUGUGCUGGAAGUCCAUGUUCACUAGACAGAAACUGCACGAAAUUACAAGCUGAAGAACAGCAAGCAAUAAACAAAUCGUACAUAUGUGACCCAUGUCCUGAUGGAUACCUAGAUGAUAAUGAUGAUUGUAUCGAUCAAGACGAAUGUAAAGUGAACAAUGGUGGCUGCAGUCAACACUGUUCUAACACAGAUGGUAGUUUUCAGUGUUCUUGUGACGACGGAUACAGACUAAGCAUCGAUGAUUUGUAUACUUGUAUUGAUAUUGACGAAUGUGAAGAGUUAUUGCACAAUUGUUCUCAUCUGUGCACAAAUACGGAAGGUGGAUUCACUUGUCAGUGUUUUUCUGGUUAUGCAUUAAAUCGGACUUCGUGUGUACAGAUAUUCGAUGGUAUUUGCAGUGUAACAAAACAGAAUGACUGCAGAUCCGCUGACGGAUGCACUGUAAAUGGUGAGGUUGAGGAAUGUUUUUGUGUGAAUGGAUACGAAUUAGAUGAAACAGGAACUAAAUGCCUUGAUAUCAAUGAAUGCGGAAGACACAUUUGUUCGCAAGGAUGUUUAAAUACACAUGGAAGUUAUGAGUGUUAUUGCUUCGCUGGUUAUCGCUUAGAGGAUACAUCGACAUGCAAAGAAUGUGAAAACACAUUUUGGGGAAAUGAUUGUGAACAAGAGUGCGUUUGUUCUGGUCGAGGUGCUGACAAAUGUCAUCCAGUUAAAGGUUGUAUUUGUGAAUCCGGUUGGUUUGGCGAGAGCUGUAACGAAGAUAUUAACGAGUGUGAGUUUGACAUCCCCCCAUGUAGCAAUCCUAGAACAGAAUGUGUCAACACUUUAGGAUCAUAUAGCUGUAAAUGCCGAGUUGGAUUUUCUCUAUCAAACAAAGGAUUAUGUACAGAUAUUGACGAAUGUAAAGAGCCACAUUUAAACAAUUGUACACAAGAAUGCAAAAAUACAAUAGGUAGCUUCUCUUGUAAAUGUAAAAACGGAUUCACAAGAAAAGAUCAAACAUCUUGCGACGAUAUAAACGAAUGUGCACUUGGAAUCUCUGAUUGUGAACAAAAAUGUGUGAAUAAUAGAGGACAAUAUAGUUGUUAUUGUCACUAUGGGUAUACUCUAAAUGAUGAUCGCCGGACAUGCUCUAAAAUUGAGGACCCCUGUUUGACGAUCAACAAUCUAACAUGUUCUCAUUUUUGUGAACUGGCAGACCAUAAUGCUGUGUGUGGCUGUCAAAAUGGAUUUAUAAUACAGAACGACAAUCAGACGUGUACAGAUGUAAACGAAUGUAAAAACACCGAGAAAAAUGAAUGUGAAGACAAUUCAACAUGUUUUAAUACGGAGGGAUCUUACAUGUGCAAUUGUCCAAUUGGGAAACGAUUAGAGAAUGAUGGCCGAACAUGUACAGAUUGCGAUCAAUAUCACUAUGGACGAAACUGUGCCCACAACUGUAGUUGUUUAAAGGGAAUAUGCGACAAGAAAACAGGCUGUAUUUGUGACCCAGGUUGGGCUGGUGAUCGGUGUGAAACUGAUAUUGAUGAAUGUUUUACUGGACAAGUAACUUGUCAAGUUCUACAUUCUACUUGUUUUAAUUUGCCUGGUACCGCUUUUUGUUUGUGUGAUGUGGGCUAUCAAAAUAUUUCUGGAGUUUGCGAAGAUAUCAAUGAGUGCUCAGACGAUUCAUUAAAUGAUUGCGAUCAACUCUGUACUAAUACAGAAGGAAGCUAUUCGUGUUCUUGUCAACGGGGAUUUGCUUUUGAUGACGCAUCGUGCAAAGAUACUGAUGAAUGUGCUGGUAGCGAUGAUUGUGACCAGGGCUGUACAAAUACAAUAGGAAGUUACAGAUGCUUUUGCAAAGAAGGCUUUAGCCUUGAUUUGACAAAUAGAGAGUCAUGCAUAGGCAUUUACAUUCUAUUCUAUAGAUAGCUAUGAAACUAUGUAUAUUUUUCUCAGUGAUGCCCUGCUUCAUUUGGUCUCUGAUUACAAUUGUUUCCCCAGAACACACUUAUUUUUGUCUGUUGUUUAACAUGCCUUUUAAGUUAAAUAACAUAGAAUUAAAAACAUGAGUGAAAUGCCUGUAUUUAUCUAGGCUUGAUAUAGAUAUUCCCGGCUUCAAAGAAACAAUGGUUCAAUUACUAACUGCGUGGCGUUGUUUUCUUUUUUUAUCAUAUUUAAUGAGAUUUACUUGAUAAGUAUUACUUUGCUUAUAAUUCAACUUAACCUAAUGACACAUUUCAUGGUAAUAAAAUCUUAAUUUUAGCCCUGCAAGAAUGUAACGAAAAACUGAACAGCACAUGUCCAAAAGAUUCCGUAUGUUUUGUAAAGGACGAUGAAGUACAUUGUCGAUGUUUGAAAGGAUUUAAGGAAAUAGACAAUACAUGUACAGAUAUUGACGAGUGUCAAGAGUACAACCCAUGUUCUCAUAAAUGUCUGAACACACUUGGAAGAUAUAACUGCAGCUGUAAUGACGGAUUUAUCCUUCGACCGGACAAACGCACGUGCAAAGCAUGUGAUAAUUGGCAGUAUGGACAUGAA